AUGAGACAAGUUGGCGUCCUUUGUGCUGCUGCUUUAGUUGCAGUGCAAGAGAUUGUUGGAAAGCUCGAGAGUGAUCACAACAAUGCUAAGUUUCUAGCACAAGGACUGAAUAGAAUUGAAGGACUAAAAGUGGUUGUCAAUUCAGUGGAGACCAACAUAAUUUCUAUGACUGAUUUUCUAUUUCUGACCUGCUCAUCCCUUGGAAUGCUACUUGUUUCAGAUGUACCGGUUCCUGCUGCAUGUGUUAUAUUGAUUUGCCUUUUCGCUCUGCAACACUAUGGGAGCCAUAAAAUUGGUUUUAUGUUUGCUCCAGUUGUCAUUUUAUGGCUCUUGCUCAUCAGUGGAGUGAGUCUAUAUAAUAUCUGUCAUUAUGACCCCCAAAUCAUCUAUGCUAUCUCUCCAACAUAUAUGUACAGAUUCAUGAGAAGAAUUAGCCCUGGAAGUUGGGGAUUAUUAGGCAGUAUUCUCCUUUGUGCAGCAGGAUCAGAAGCAAUGUUUGCAGAUCUAGGUCAUUUCUCGAAGAGAUCUAUCACGGUUACUUUUGUCUGCCUAAUAUAUCCAGCCCUUGUUUUGUGUUACGCUGGUCAAGCAGCUUUUAUCUCCAAGAACUUGGGUGUUUCUAAGGAUGUUUUUCUUCUCAGUGAAUCUGUACCCAAUAGAUCGAUUCGCCACAUCUUCAGGGUGUUAUCACUAUUUGCCUCAGCUGUAGGAAGCCAAGCAACAAUUACUGCCAGUUUCUCCAUUAUAAACCAGUGCCUGGCACUUGGUUGCUUUCCUAGAGUUAAAGUUAUCCAUACAUCAGAUAAGAUACACGGGCAAGUAUACAUUCCAGAUGUCAACUGGAUGUUGAUGCUUUUCAACAUAGCAAUCACCAUUGGUUUCCGUAACAUUUCACUGAUUGGAAAUGCAACAGCACUGAACCACCUUUGA